CACUUUUUCCUCUCUCUCUCUCUCUCUCUCUCACACACACACAGAUUCCUCAUUCAGAGCCCACAAAAACAAAAACCCCCUCGAAGAUCCAACAAUGCCACACACGCACACACACACUCUCUCUCUCUCAGCUUCCUUUUGCAAAACUAGGGUUCUCUCUGUGUGUUUGUCUCUCUCUCUCUCUAGGUCACACUUUGUAAACCCCCAAAUUUCAUCAUAAUUACACCAAAAAAAUAGUCUUUCUCUAAUUCCCACUUCUAAUUCCUCGUCAAGUUUCAAAAUUUCGGAGCUUCGGAUUCGAUUCAGCUCUGAAUUCUUCAUUUCCUGUCAGAUCAGAGCUUAAUUUGUGGAAAAGUUUGAAACUUUUUUUUUUUUUGUGGGGUUUUGUUUUUUGAUUUGGGGGAGGUGUUGGAUUUUGUGGGUUUUUGCAUGUUGUGGUUUUUGGUGGAAAUUUGAGUGAUUUUGUGAAAUUGGGGAUUGAUGGUUUGGUUUUGUUGAAUAUAGAAAAUUAAAAAAGAGUAAAAAUUAGGGUUUUUCAGGGUUUGGUUUUGAUUUGGUAGGGUCUACAUGUCUAAGCCUUAGGGGGGUCCUCCUCUGCUCAGUUGUGGAGGAUCCCUAUUGAAAAUAAGUUAAAAAGAGAAAAUAAAAAUUGGGUUUUGAAGUUUGGGAUUCUCUGUGAUGAAAAUUGUUAUGUUGGUUGAGUUCUGGGUGGAAAAUCAAGUGGGUUAGUAGCUGAAAAGGUUUGUAUAUUUCCUGUGGAUUGGUUUUCUUGUGGGUUUUGUAUUAGAUUUUGGUGGAAAUGUUUGGUUCUGUUCCGGACAGAGGCCAUGAUAGCAGUGGAAUUUCGGUUCCGGUUUUGAUUCCCUGUACAUUCCUGUGGCGAAAUGGGGGAAGAAGCGUGGCACUUUGUGGCACUUUCACAAGGUGGUCAGGAAGUAUACCCAUGUCUCCGGUGGAGGGGCGCGAUGACGUGUUUCAAGUUGUUUGCAAUUUGACACCGGGAAAUCACCAGUACAAGUUUUGUGUUGAUGGAGUGUGGCGGCAUGACGAGAGUCAGCCCUUCAUAACAGGGGAAUAUGGGUUAGUGAAUACCAUCUUAAUAAGAGAACCGGAUAUGAUUCCCUCUACUUAUAGUCAUCAACCACCUGACAUAGACAUGGAUUAUGAUGUCGUUAUGCCCCCGGAAGCAGUUCCAAGGAUAUCAGUGACUGAUUUGGAGGUUUCUCGACACCGUAUAUCUUUGUUCCUGUCUACACAUAAUGCUUAUGAAUUGCUUCCUGAGUCAGGCAAGAUCAUUGCCCUGGAUGUUAACUUACCUGUGAAGCAAGCGUUUCAUAUUCUCUUUGAGCAGGGAAUCUCUGUGGCUCCUCUCUGGGAUUUUGGCAAGGGCCAGUUUGUUGGAGUUCUUAGUGCGUUGGACUUCAUCCUAAUAUUGAAAGAGCUUGGGAGUCAUGGAUCAAACUUGACAGAGGAAGAGCUUGAAACACAUACUAUAGCAGCUUGGAAAGAGGGGGGAAAACUACAUCUUACUAGAACAAUGGAUGGCAAUGGGGCAUCAUUUUCUCGUCGACAUCUUGUUCAUGCUGGGCCAAACGAUUGUCUGAAAGAUGUUGCUUUGAAAAUUUUGCAAAACAAGGUGGCGACAGUUCCCAUAAUCCAUUUUUCUUUGCAGGAUGGUUCAGUUCCACAGUUGCUACAUCUUGCUUCCCUGUCUGGGAUACUAAAAUGUAUAUACAGGUAUUUUAGACAUUCGUCUAGCUCCUUGCCCAUUCUUCAACAACCGAUUUGUUCAAUUCCUUGUGGAACAUGGGUUCCAAAAAUUGGUGACUCGAAGCCAUUUGCAAUGUUAAGGCCAAAUGCCUCUCUUAGUGCUGCUCUAGCUUUGUUGGUUCAAGCUGGAGUUAGUUCAAUACCAAUUGUGGAUGAUAACGGCUCGUUGCUGGAUAUUUAUUCACGGAGUGAUAUUACUGCUUUGGCAAAAGAUAAAGUAUAUGCACAAAUUCGCCUCGAUGAAAUGAGUAUUCUUGAGUUGCUGCAGUGUCUGCCCAAACUUCUGGAUGUCAAAUGUUCAGUCGUUAAGUCAGGCACAAUGCAUUGCGAUUGGGACAAGAUGCAAACUCACCUCAUGGGGUCUUCAAUGGACAGAGAUGUCAGAUGUGUUUGCGAUCUGAUCCCCUGCAUGAAGUGAUGAAACGGUUGGCAAAUCCUGGGGUUAGGAGACUUAUAAUUGUGGAGGCUGGCAGCAAUCGUGUGGAAGGUAUAAUAUCAUUGAGUGAUGUGUUCAAAUUCUUGCUAGGUUAUCCAGAAUUUGUUGGCCACCAUUUCACAUGAAGGGGCUGAUCAUGGUGCCAUUUGGGAAGUCCCAUUGAUUUAUUGACAUCUUGUAUCUUUGAGCUGUGAUCUCCUUCCCAUUGUGAAAGCUCUAAUUUCUUUCUCCAAGUCUUGGUUGGACUAGCCUCAUGCUUCUGAGCACCACCCCCAUCUUUAGGAUAGAAAAUUUUAAAGAGAAAAAAGAAAUCUGUAAAUUGUGAGGUUUCAAUUUUUUACCUUUUCAACACCUAAUUAUUAUCAACUGUGCAGCUGGCACAGCUGCCAUGUUUGUGUCUAGUGCUAACAGAAAAUGAGGCAGGAAAAAAGAAGUGAAGACUUUAUAUGGCACCCUUUGCUGCUUGUUCGGCUGUACGUAAAAAAGUCUGUUAGUUCAAUUUCAAUUUCAGUUGCUGUUCUUCGAUUGUUUAAUUGUAACAUUGCUGUUUGUUGGGCUGUGACAAUUUAUGUCACGGGGUUUAAUUGUCUAUAAAUUUAAGAUGGCUUGUUUGUGUCUCUUGUUUAGAGCUUCAAUAUGAUCUCAUUGCUUUUUCA